AUGACGAGAGCUUCGCCGGACGGUGUGUCCUUCGAGGAUGCCACGUCCUUCGGCCGCAAGCGCAAGGCGGACGACUUCGAGUGGGAGUCGUCCAAGGAGAACGUCAUGCCGCUCAAACGCGGCCGCAACGUCCCGGACCUGAACAAGGCGCUGCGAGCGCACGACUCGUUCCAGACGAAGCUCCGCCUGGAAGACGAGAUGAAGGCUAAAGAGGACGCCAUCGCAGCCUACGACGGAGACGACCCGCUCGCCGCCUGGCUUGACUACGUGCGCUGGCUCGAAGUCAAGAUGCCCGAAGACACGAGGAAGAAGUUCAAGGUGCUGGAAAAGUGCACACGGGAGCUCAAGGACAACGACAGAUACAAGAACGAUAUGCGCUACAUCCGCCUCUGGAUCCAAUACGCGGACUUGGUGUCCAACCCGAAGGAUAUUUUCAAGUAUCUGUACCAGAACAAAAUCGGCGAGCGAGUCUCUCUCUUCUACAUUGGUUGGGCCUACGUGCUGGAGACCAUGGCCAACUACCCGCAAGCACACAAGAUUUAUUUAAAAGCGAGUCAGCGGAACGCUGAACCGCAGGAUCUUUUGGAGAGAAAGUACAAGGAGUUCCAGCGUCGAAUGAGUCGCCAAUGGCUGAGAAUGACAGAGGAGACUGGGGUGAGCGACAUGGAUGAGGUAAACCACCGUCGUGCACUUGAGAGUUUAUCGGCGUAUGGAACGUUGGAACUGAAUGAUGCUCAGCGCCAGCGACUUCACCAGCAUCACGCGUCCGCCCGUGCCCAGCGUGUCCAGCAAGCAAAUGCGCACAAGCCGGUAUUUAUUAUUUACGAGGAUCCUGUGAGUCACACGAUUGACCCUUUUGUUGGCAACGGCGGCUGGAAGAAGCUUGGUACAGCCCAGCAGCAGGACAAGGAAAACGAGAUCGCGCCCAGUGCGUGGAACCCACCUUCCGCUCGAGGCUCAGCCGGUAUGGAGCGCGAAACCGAGCGUCGUUCGCUGCCUGCUCUGAGCAGCCGCGCGGACAUGAGCCCUCUUCAGGUUUUCGUGGAUGAUGAAUUUACGAUGCCUGAGAGUGAAUCAAAGCGGCGAACGCCACUGACGCAUCGUUCUCAAACACUGCGGCAGCGGAUGGAGGGAGUGUCAACAGAGGAAGAAAUGCUUGCCCAGGAACCGCUGAAGAAUUUCACAGCUAGUGACAAAAAGCGGAUGCAGAAGCAGGGGGCGAAGGGCAGGUUGGAAAAGUCGUGCUAUGAUGUCGGGUUACUGACAUCCCGGACGGGCGAGGCAGUUUCCUUUGAAGAGAUUCGAGCUCGUGCUUUCCAGCAAGCCUUGGAUAGACGUCGCAAGCUCGGUCAUCGGGCACUACAAGACGUCUCUCGAAGUAUUUCCUCGAAAUUUAAUGUGACCGAAGCCUCAUCAAUCUCAUCUGCAACCACGUCGGCAACGACUCCAGUGAUUCCUCACCAAGUUAGCCUACCAGAGCGGACACCGGUCACAGCAGCGACAGCUACUCAUGGAAUAAAACUCACAGAGCCAAAGCCAGCACCUUUCGUGGCUUCGGGUGCAACCGCGCCAAAUGAACUGGUACCCGUGCACGACGACCAAGAGGACAUGACCAUCAACACUCGUGUCGCGUUGGAGGACAUCAACAACAUGUUUUGUAGCCCACCACGACAGCGAAAGCCGAGUGUCUGGGAAGUGAAGGAAGACGAUCCGGUUGAACGGAAGCUCCACUUCAGUGUGUUUGAUGAUUCCGCCGAUAGCGUUGCAGUGAAUGCCCAAGACCAGUCGCUACGUCAAGAUUUAAACGAGUCGAUCCCGAAGCAAAGCUUUCAGGUUUUCACCGAUGACGUCGAAGAGCCCCGCACAGGAAAGAUGUCUUGGAGUCAAAAGAGAAAGCCCCUUGGAGCCCGUGAUGACCUGGUACGCAGUGGGCGUCUCACCAAUAAGGACGUCCUCAUGCAAGCUGAGAAGGAUGCCGCCGCAAAGGAUUCCGCGGAAAGAAAAAUGAUUCAGUCUAUGGAGCACAGCGUUAUGAAGCGAGUGCAACAAGACGUGAACAAGCCAGCUCCUGCUCCCCAACUUGAUCCGUACACGUUUGAGAACCGCCAAGCGUUGAUUCUAGAUCAACGGGUUGACUGGUAUUUGUGUUCAAGACCCGACGCUGUCAGCCUUCAUUCAAAAAAGUUACCACGAAUCCCGUGGAAUAACCCGGGCAUGCGGAAGUUCAAGAAGCCAAUUGUUAUCAAGGCGAGCCCUACGCUAACGCUCCAGCUAGUCGGCGUCCUCGGUGCAGGCUCGUUUGCUUCUGUUUUUUCAGCCAAAGUCAUCGACACGGCUAGAAAUGCUACUGACAACAAAGCUAUCAAGGUGCGGCUUAUAAAAACAAUGGCUUCGAUUGCACCUAACUCUCGUUUUGCUGUUCAGUUUGAAAAGGAGCGCCAGAAUCUGGCAUGGGAAUUUUAUAUCACGAACAAGGUCAAGAAAAAACUGCGGAUUGAAAACGGGAUUUCGGAUGAGAAAACUCCACUGCCAAAGCUUAGCGGAUUGCAUUUGUUUCCGGCAGGUACAUCAUUUCCUGAAGUGCUGGCAGUUUACUACGGAAUCAGGAUGCUCCGAUGCAUUGAGCUGCUUCACGGUGCACAUGUUCUUCAUGGCGAUAUUAAGCCAGACAAUUGGCUGAUGACACCUGGUAAUCCUUCGCUGGACUUACCGAAGAACCUACAAGAACUGCACGACGACGAAGACAUUCAAGCCGGUGACCUGUAUCUCAUCGACUAUGGAAGAUCCAUCGACCUCACUCUUUACCCCGAUAGAACCGUGUUCCGAGGCAAUUGUCAUGUGAAAGGCUUCCAAUCUGUUGAAAUGCUUACGCAACGCCCAUGGACAUACCAAAUCGAUACGUUCGCCUUUUGCGGGACGAUGCACUGCAUGCUGUUUGGAGAGUAUAUGGAAGUCAAGCCCCGCCGGAGUGCAAAGGGGUCGACGUACUGGGAGAUCGUCAAACCAUUCAAGCGCUACUGGCAGGUUGACAUGUGGAAGGACUUCUUCCACGCGUUACUGAACGUUAGAAGCUGUUCGGACCAGCCUUCUUUGAACGAUCUACGGAAGCGCUUAGAAAACUACUUUGUGUCAGACCCCGGUCGCCAGCAGUAG